AUGGAUGGUUACACGGUCCUGAGAGUGAUCGGCGAGGGCUCCUUCGGCAGAGCCCUCUUGGUUCAGCAGAAGAGCAGUACCCAGAUGUUUGCCAUGAAGGAAAUAAGGCUUCCCAAGUCUUUCUCAGAUACACAGAAUUGUAGGAAAGAGGCAGUUCUGUUGGCCAGAAUGAAGCACCCUAAUGUGGUUGCCUUUAAGGAGUCAUUUGAAGCUGAAGGACAUCUGUAUAUUGUGAUGGAGUAUUGUGACGGGGGAGAUCUAAUGCAGAGGAUUAAACAUCAGAAAGGAAAGUUGUUUCCUGAAGAUGUGAUACUUAACUGGUUUACACAGAUGUGCCUUGGAGUAAACCACAUCCACAAGAAACGUGUAUUACACAGAGAUAUCAAGUCCAAGAAUAUCUUCCUCACUCAAAGCGGAAAAAUAAAACUGGGAGAUUUUGGAUCAGCCCGUCUUGUCUCCAAUCCUAUGGCGUUUGCUUGUACAUAUGUGGGAACACCCUAUUAUGUACCCCCAGAAAUUUGGGAGAACCUGCCUUAUAACAAUAAAAGCGACAUCUGGUCCUUGGGAUGCAUUCUGUAUGAACUGUGUACCCUUAAGCACCCAUUUCAGGCAAAUAGUUGGAAAAGUCUUAUCCUCAGAAUCUGUCAGGGGUCCAUCCGUCCGUUGCCGUCCCACUAUUCCUCUGAGCUGCAGCAGCUGCUCACACAGAUGUUUAAGAAGAACCCCUCACAUCGCCCUUCCACCACCACCCUGCUCGCUAGAGGAAUGCUGGCUCGGCUCAUCCGGAAGUGUCUGCCGCCCGAGAUAAUCACAGAAUAUGGUGAGCAGAUAUUAGAAGAAACGAAAAAAUCCAAGCAUAGUACACCAAAUAAAAAAGCAGGCCCUAACCGACUCAGGCGACCCAUGGAAGAAGAGGAGGUGAACCUGCCGCAGGGAGAAGAAGAGAGAAAGUCUAGCCACACUGAUCUAGAAAACAUCAAUAAAAAUUUGGUUGAAAGAGCAUUGCAGAGAAGAAACAGGGAAGAGAAAGGUAAGAAUUCAGUCCCUCCAGUGGAAACCAGCUCCCCAAAUCCUCUCAGGAGACAGUGGGGGAAAGACGCCUCCAACAGCACUCUGACGGCUUUGGAGAACGCGUCGGUACUCACCUCCAGCGUGAAGACAGGCGAUGAGGGAGGUGGCUCUGUGAUAAAGUACAGUGAAAAUAACACCCGUAAGCAGUGGCUCAAAGAGACUCCUGAAAGCGUGUUAAAUAUCCUUAAGAAUGCUGAUCUCAGCUUGGCGUUUCAGACGUACACAAUCUACAGACCAGGUCCAGAAGGGUUCUUGAAGGGGCCCCUGUGUGAAGAGACGGAAGCAUCGGACAGUGUUGAUGGAGAUCAAGAUUCUGUCGCCUUGGAUCCAGAGAGGCUUGAACCUAGACUGGAUGAUGAGGACACGGAUUUUGAGGAAGACGAUGACGACAGCUCUGACUGGGUGUCAGAACUUAAGCAGCGAGCUAACUGGCAAGACAUGUCUGAUGGAUAACGUGGAGGAAAUGUUCCCUAGUUGUGCUGAAUACGUGUUUCAAAGGAAGAAAUAAUGAUUGGGUAUACUAGCUAAUAGGAUGGAUGUUUCCCUUUGAAAACCGAAUGAAAGGAGGGAAUGCAAAAUAUUCAAAAUUGUUCUUGAUUAGUAUCGUGAUGUUAAAAAAAGUCUAGAAUUCCUGUGAGUUUAACCGAAAAGGAAAAAUCAGAAAAAUGAGUCUGUUUCCCACCAGCAAGAACAAAAACUGGGUGAUUGUGGCAACUUUUAACAUCUUUGAGCUGAAUUUCCUCACCAAGAAAAUGAGAGCAGUCAUGCUGACCUCACAGAGAAGCAGAUCAGAAGCCAUCU